AUGUCGGCAUCGUCAGCCGAAGUGCCUGAUUUGGGUGCCUACACUUCGCAUACGCAGCCAGGCGCUCACGAUGAUGAAGAUGAUGAGGUAUUUGCGGAGCUUGAAAGAGAGGUCGAGGCACUCAAUGAGGCAGAUGCAGACGAGGCGGCACACAUUACUGGAAACAGCUCAGGACGCAGUACUGACGGUGAUCUUUCCAAGGCUUUUCAAGAAUAUCGUGCUCAAAGGCUCGCUGAAAUUCACACAGAAGUGGCUGCUCGCGCCGGCGCAGAUGCAAGUGAUCCGGACAGCGGCAAGUACAAAGAAGUGCGCGAUGAAAAGGAAUUGCUUAGCAUGAGCGUGCGCGAGCCGAAUGUGGUUAUUCAUUUUGCCAAGCCUGAGUUCCGUCGAUGUCGGAUACUUGAUCGACAUCUUGAACACAUGGCUCGACAGCAUCCAUCCACGCUUUUCCUCAAGGCUGAUGUUGAGAGAACGCCUUUUCUUGUCAAUAAGCUCGAGAUUCGUGUAUUGCCAUGCCUCUUUGUAUUCAAAAAUGGUGUAUGCAAGGACAAGCUUAUUGGGUUCCAGGAAUUUGGAAAUAGCGAUGUAUUUACUACGGCAGCGUUAGAGUGGCGACUAGGACAAACAGGUAAGCAUAAGCGCACUGGUCCUCCUCACACGACAGGCGUUAUUGUACCACAGCAAAAGCCAAACAAUCCCAUUUUAGGUUUUGGCGUUCCACAAUCCUCCCAAAAUGCCAUGGCGUCUGACGAUGAUUGGGACUAA